UACUCCAACACUCUCUCUCCAACCUCGGUUUCCACUUUCUCUCUGUUUAAGAAGGAACCCACCACUUCUUCAACUUGGUGCCGUUUAUUCAUGGACCAGAAGAAUACAUCAUAGCUUCUUUCUCAUUUCACACACACAAGAACCUUGGUGAGCAUUUCUUCUUCGUGUUAUUUUGGUUGUUAACCAUCUGGGGUGCCUCCAUUUUUUACGUGACGUGUAGGAACCAUUUGGGGUGCUAUGCUAUGCUACCUAAGACAUCAUGAAGAUUUCAAGUUCCAAGCAAUUGGCUGUGGGAUUUGCACUUGGAAAUGAAGGAUAGGCAACGUUGGAGAGCUGAAGAGGAUGCUUUACUUCGUGCAUAUGUCAAACAGUAUGGUCCUAGGGAAUGGAAUCUCGUGUCUCAGCGCAUGAACACACCUCUUAACAGGGAUGCCAAGUCAUGCUUAGAAAGGUGGAAGAACUACCUCAAACCCGGCAUUAAAAAAGGAUCUCUUACUGAGGAAGAGCAGCGUCUAGUCAUCAAUCUUCAAGCAACGCACGGGAACAAGUGGAAGAAAAUUGCAGCACAAGUCCCUGGUCGCACUGCGAAGAGGUUAGGGAAGUGGUGGGAAGUGUUCAAAGAGAAGCAGCAAAGGGAAACCAAGGGGAAUAGCUGCACUAUUGACCCAAUUAGCGAUAGCAAGUACGAGCAUAUCCUUGAGAGUUUUGCAGAGAAACUAGUGAAAGAAAGGCCUUCACCAUCAUUUGUUAUGGCUACUUCUAACAGUUCUUUUCUGCACGCUGAUGCACCGGCUCCUCCACCGGCCUUGCUUCCAUCUUGGCUUUCCAAUUCCAAUGGCACUGCACCUGUGAGGCCACCUUCCCCUUCUGUGACUCUUAGUCUUUCUCCCUCGACGGUGGCAGCGCCUCCUCCAUGGUUGCAGCCCCCUGUGAGAGGACCGGACAAUGCUGCUCCUCUUGUUUUGGGGAAUGUGGCGCCUCACGGGGCAGUUCUAGCAUUUGGUGAGAACAUGGUGAUGUCUGAGUUGGUGGAGUGCUGCAAGGAGUUGGAUGAAGUGCAUCAUGCUUUGGCCGGACAUAAGAAGGAGGCGGCAUGGCGGUUAAGUAGGGUGGAGCUGCAGUUGGAGUCCGAGAAGGCCGGCCGAAGGAGGGAGAAGAUGGAGGAAAUUGAAGCGAAGAUCAAAGCUCUGAGAGAGGAGCAAACAGCUGCAUUGGAUAGAAUUGAAGCAGAAUAUAGGGAGCAGUUGGCAGGGUUGAGAAGAGAUGCAGAAAGCAAGGAGCAGAAGUUGGCUGAACAAUGGGCUGCAAAACACUUGCGCCUUACUAAGUUUCUAGAACAGGUAGGGUGCAGAUCAAGGCUCACUGAACCAAAUGGAAGAUAGAGUGACACCAUUCACAAUUGGGAAAUCUAGUUUGCUUUUACUUAUUAUGUCUUGAAUUUAUAUGAUAUGAACUUUAUAGUCAUAGUAGUUUUGUUCCUGUCAUUAUUCUGAAAAAUGUUGUUACAUAUGGUUAUUAAUAUCCCUAUCUUUUCAUACAACUUGAGGACUUGCAUUAGUGGUUGGUGUAUGUUUACAUAUAACGUCCUUUAUGAAUAUGAACUUUUGUUAUUAUUCAAA